ACGUAGUAGCGCAGGUAGAAGUCGCUCGCCAUGCUCCCGGCACGCAGCGCGGCCCCGGCGCCGCCCGAGCGCGUCAUGGCGCCCGCGUCCCCCUCACCCCCCGCCCCGCGCCGCCAUUGGCCGCGGGCGCCCGGCGGAGCGGCAGCUGCGCCCCCCUGCGGCAGGGCCGGCGCCUGCAGCCCUGAGGGUCCCCCCUCUCCUCCUCCUCCUCUUCCUCCUCCUCCUCGUCCUCCUCCUCCUCCUCGCCCCGCUGCCGCCAUGCUCCCCAAAGCCGAGCCCAACCGUGGCGACCCCGCCAUCGCCACGGCCCCCGGCGACACGAAGCGGUACAGGUAUAUCAAACUACAAAAUGGUUUGCAUGCAUUACUUAUUUCCGAUAUCAACAAUGUGGAGGAAGAAUUUGCAGAAGAAGAGAGUAGUGCAGAGUCUGAGAUUGAAACUGAUGAUAACAAUGACUCAGGAACAGACAGAGAAGAUGACAGAGAAAAUUCUGAUAACAAUGACUCAGGAACAGACAGCGAAGAUGACAGAGAAAAUUCUGAUAACAAGGAUGAAGAGAAAGUUAAACCUGAGGAGAGUCCCAGUGAUUCAGAUAUGGAAGUAGAAGGGUUAGCAGUAGAAGAAGCAUGGACAGAACCAACAGGAAAGAAAGAGGAUGAUGAAAGUACAGAGAAAAUGUCUGCUGCUGCCCUUUGUGUUACUGUUGGCAGUUUUUGUGACCCUGAAGAUUUGCCUGGGCUAGCACACUUUCUUGAACACAUGGUAUUUCUGGGGAGUUCAAAGUAUCCAGAUGAGAAUGGGUUUGAUGCGUUCCUGAAGAAACAUGGUGGCAGUGAAAAUGCUUCAACUGAUUGUGAGCGAACGGUUUUCUACUUUGACAUCCGGCAGCAAUAUUUUAAAGCAGCACUUGAUAGAUGGGCUCAGUUUUUCAUUCAUCCAUUAAUGAUCAGGGAUGCAAUAGACCGUGAGGUUGAAGCUAUUGACAACGAGUACCAGUUAGCAAAGCCCUGUGAUACAAACAGAUGGGAGCUACUACUAGGAAGCCUUGCCAGACCUGGGUAUCCAAUGAGAAAGUUUUUCUGGGGUAAUGCAGAGACAUUAAAACACAAGCCAAAAAAAAGUAACAUUGAUAUUUAUACAAGGUUGAAGGAUUUUUGGCAGAACUAUUAUUCUGCUCCUUAUAUGAACUUGGUUGUUCAAUCUAAAGAAACUUUGAACACUUUGGAGAAUUGGGUGACAGAAAUUUUUUCACAGAUUCCAAAUAAUGGUUUACCAAAACCAAGUUUUGAUCAUCUGACAGACCCUUUUGAUACACCAGAAUUUCACAAACUUUAUAGAGUUGUCCCAGUCAGUAACAUCCAUCUGUUGAAUAUUACUUGGGCACUGCCCCCACAAGAGAGAAAUUACAGGGUAAAGCCACUGCGCUAUAUCUCCUGGCUGGUAGGACAUGAAGGCAAAGGCAGCAUUCUCUCUUUUCUUAGGAAAAAGCUUUGGGCUGUCGCCUUAUCUGGAGGAAAUGCUGAGACAGGAUUUGAGCAGAACUCCAUUUAUUCUAUCUUCAUGAUUUCUAUUACCUUGACUAGUGAAGGUUAUGAGCAUUUCUAUGAGGUUGCACAUGUUGUAUUCCAAUAUAUGAAAAUGUUGCAGAAAGUGGGCCCAGAUAAAAGAAUCUGGAAAGAGAUCCAGAAGAUAAAUGAUAAUGAAUUUUCUUUCCAGGAUCAGGUUGAUCCAAUUACUUACGUUGAGAAUAUUUGUGAAAACAUGCAUCUUUUCUGUAAGCAGGACUUUCUGACAGGAAAUCAACUCCUGUUUGACUACAAACCUGAAGUAAUUGCCAAUGUCCUUGACCUGCUCUGCCCUCAGAGAGCCAAUCUUUGUUUGUUGUCCACCAACAAUGAGGGAAAGUGCCCUCUAAAGGAGAGAUGGUUUGAGACACAGUACAGUGUAGAAGACAUUGAGCAAUACUGGGCUGCUGUGUGGGCCUUUGACUUUGAGAUAAAUCUGGACUUGCACCAUCCAGAAGAAAAUGAAUAUCUAGCCACUGACUUCUCCCUAAAGGCACCUGAUUUCCCUGAGGUAGAUUAUCCAGUGAAAGUUCUGAAUACACCACAGGGAUGCAUGUGGUACAAGAAAGACAAUAAAUUCAGGAAACCUAAAGUUUAUGUACAUUUCCACCUAAUUUCUCCACAGGUACAACAGUCUGCGGAGAGUGUAGUCCUUCUAGAUAUUUUUGUAAGCAUCCUGUCUCUGAAUCUGUCAGAACCAGCAUAUGGAGCUGAUACUGCUAAACUGGAGUACAAACUGGUGGCUGGAGAGCAUGGUUUGAUCAUUAGAGUGAAAGGAUUCAAUCAUAAGCUACCUCUACUGCUUCAGCUCGUCAUUGACCAUUUGUCUGACUUCAGUUUUACUCCAGGAGUCUUUGAGAUGGUUAAAGAGGAACUAAAGAAGACUUACUUCAAUAUGCUCAUCAAAUCAGAGGUGUUAGCCAAAGACCUAUGUCAUGUAAUUUUGGAGCAUGGCAAGUGGCCUAUCAUAGAUAAAUACCAGAGAUUAUUGAAGGGCAUUUCUGCAGAGUCUUUAUCGUCUUUUGUUAAGGCUUUCAAAUCACAGCUAUUUGUGGAGGGUUUAGCACAAGGAAACUUAACAUGUCAGGAAGCAAAAGGUUUUCUGCGUUGUGUUGUUGCAAAGCUCCAGUUUGCUCCCCUGGCCCACCCCUGCCCUGUGCAGUUCCGGGUGGUGGAUCUGCCAAAUACACACCUGCUCUGCAAGGUGAAAACUCUCAACAAAGGGGAUGCCAACUCUGAAGUGACGGUGUAUUAUCAGGCUGGGGCAAGGAGUUUAAGAGAAUGUGUUCUUACAGAGUUGCUUGUGAUGCACAUGGAGGAGCCUUGUUUCAAUUUCCUGCGAACCAAAGAAACACUUGGCUACCAUGUGUACCCGGCCUAUAGAAAUAAUUCUGGGAUUAUUGGGUUUUCCAUUAGUGUAACAACACAAGCAACCAAGCACAAUUCUGAAUUUGUUGACAAGAAAAUAGAAGAAUUUCUGUUGUACUUUGAAGAAAAAAUGAAACUUUUAACUGAAGAUGCAUUUCAUGCUCAGGUCUGUUCUCUAAUCAAUGCUAAAGAAUGUGAAGAUACUUUUCUUGGUGGAGAAAUGGAUAGACAUUGGAAGGAAAUUAUAAGUCAGCAGUAUCUUUUUGACAGGCUCGCCUGUGAGAUUGAAGCAUUAAAAUCACUUACCAAAGAAGAUCUCAUUGAAUGGUUCCAAGUUCUUAGGGGAAAAGAUAGAAGAACACUCAGUAUACAUGUUGUUGGAUAUGGUGAGCAAGAACAGGACUCAGAAUUUGCAGCUGUCUUAGGUGUACAGGGCCCACUGCUUGGUGAACACCCUCAAUUAAUGUUUUUACCCCCAUCUUCCUAUAUGAAAAAUACUGCUUUCAUCAGGCACAUCAAAGAUUUCACAUCAACCCUUAAUCUUCUUCCUUAUCAUAAGAUCUUACAAUAAAUUUUAGCUUGUUUCUGUGCCCUAAAGUGUUAAGUAAUCUUUAAUUUGGGACUGUUCCAGAUCAGGUAUGUUCUGUAAGGGAAUAUAUAGUGUCAGUGAAUUUGGGUAAGUUCAUUCCUCAUGUUACAGAGAUUAAAGAAUGAAGAAGGGCCUGCAGUUGUUACGGCUCCCCAUGAAGAGGUCCAUGAACUGCGCUGUUCACAUGGACAAUAUUUAUGAUAAGCUUCAGUUACUCCAUUUUCUAACCAAAUUUCCAUAUAUUCUAUAGAAAAAUAAGAUAAUAACCAACAACAAACAAACAAAAAAAACUUCUCCUAGUUGUUUUUCUUCUUAUUUCUGUGAUCAUCAGGACUCUUACGGGAUCUGACAACACUCCAUCUACCCUUCCUCACCUCUGAUAGUAGCUAGCAAUGGAUGCUUAGGAAAGCCUUCAAGAGUACUGACUGUAUAGAGUAUCCUUGCUUGCUGUGUGCCCAGCUUUCAGCUUCUCAGUUUGGAUUCUUCAUCGUCCAGAAGGUGCAGCUGAAAUGUUGUAUAGCACAGCCACGGACAGACCUACUCACAAGAUAAAAACCCUGAAUAGGAUUUACUCAGUGAGUUGGCUGAGAAGUUUCCUGCUCCUACUAUUCAGGCAGAAAAAAAAAAAUCCUCAAAUGUACUAGACUUGCUAGCUGAGAAAAACCACAGGAAAUGAUCCUGCAAGUUGUAGAAACACACAGCUUCAAAGUGUGGAAGCCCUGGCUAUUGUCAUCAGGGUAAGCCACAAGAAAUGUCAAGCAGCUGGCACUUUGGGCCUCUACAGAUACCAUCAUCAACCAGUGUGCUGUUUCCAGAGCAUCCAAGGUCACUGCACAUGCUUACGAAGUGCUCCUGUUGUAGCUGCUUGAAUAGAAGGUACCGGGACUGGCAAAAUACCUUUCAAUUACAGGAAUCAGCUACUGACAAAGCUGUGAAUUUUUAACCUCCUUGUGUAGUGCUCUGUGUUACAUCGGAUCUGCCAUGGUGCAGGCUGCUUGUAAGCAUUCACGUUCUACAUAUGGUGAGUCAAGACACUACCCCACAGCCUCUUCUAAAUUUGGACUCCUAAUCAGUAAGAGUAGGAGGCAAGAAAUUAACUGUUAUUGUGUGUUGUGUUUUUUUUUAUUAUUUUUUUUUAUUUUUUUUCUUUUUCCUGAUGAGCUAGAUAGGACAGCUCAUUUUAGGUAUCUGAAAGUAUAUGGCUAAUCUACUAAUUCUAAACUAAUUUGAAUGGUGUGAGAUGAUCAGUGGGGAAAAGCAUUUAGAUUUAUGUUUAGAAAACAAGUAAAAAUA